AUGACAAGGGAGGAGAUACUGCGAACUGGCAACGAGUUGAUCAAAACCUUGCCGGGGUACGAUUUAUUCUCGUACAACUGCACCUGGCUCCGGCACAACCUCUUUCUCCGCAUCAAGUACGACGGCUCAGCGGAACAGAAAAACCCCUUCCUCCGCCGUAGCUCUUUGGCGUCUCAGCUCCCAUACUAUGGCUUCUUGUCUCUGAUCACCAGGUACAUCUAUGCUCUUGCCCCCGCCAAUGAUGAGUCCUCUUCGUUCUGGCAGAAUCCUGCAUCCGGUCUCUUCUGGUUCGUCUUUGAACUCAUGAUGCUCUCCAUGGAGGCCCGUGCAGUCGUUGUCUGGUCAUCUACAGUCCUUUGUCGAGUAUACCGAUCUCGAAUGAUUGUGCCCAUAGCGAUCGGGAUUCUAUUGUUACAGCACGCCUAUCAGCAUCUCAAUGAUGGCAAAUUGUUCUCCCCGUACUCAAGGUUAGCUCAAAUAUUCGGCGACAACAUCAGCGCUGCGAUGGCUCUGAUCUGUUACACAUUGGUGCCGAUCGCCAUAGCGUGUAUGCUGGCAACACCCCUGCUUCUGAUGUGCUGUGAUUUAGACAUGACACAGGAGAGGUUUGAAGUUGUCACCGAUGAAGAUGACCACAACAAUGGGAUUCACCAUCGUCAUCGCCCUCAUACAGAGACGGGACCAACAGCGGCCACUAACCCUACGCACGUAACCGUCAGAAUCACAUCAGAGUAUGGGGAACGCCUCUCAGGGGAGGCGAGUAAGCCCGGCAUGAUGAGCCAUGGCGAGUUCUUCAUGUAUGAAGGGGACAGACCCGAGUCAAUGAGGCUGAAUAUUAGUUUCAUCUUCACGACGGCUUAUAUGUUGCUGAUGAUGGUAGUCGCCUAG